AUGAUGGGGCAUCUCCGGCGACGGCAAGAGAGUAUAGACGAGGAAGAUGAGUUAAACGGCGACGUAUCAUCGAGAGGAGGUAAAUUCAGCUUGGCCGAGUCGUUUCGGUGGCUCGAUUCCUCCGAGCAUCGCGAGCGUCGGGUAAUUGAUUCCAAUGGCCAUAAGGAUCAUCGAUUCAUCAUACAUCCCAAAAACAGGUGGUACAAGGCAUGGGAAAUGUUUAUAUUAAUUUGGGCAAUAUACUCAUCUUUGUUCACUCCCAUGGAGUUUGGUUUCUUCCGUGGUCUUCCCGAAAAUCUCUUCGUGCUCGACAUUGUUGGUCAGAUCGCGUUCUUGGUCGAUAUUGUUCUUCAGUUUUUUGUCGCAUUCCGCGAUGGUCAGACUUACCGGACCGACUACAAACCAACACAUAUUGCUAUCAGGUACUUGAAGUCGCAUUUUUUCUUGGAUUUCGUCAGUUGUUUUCCAUGGGAUCUCAUCUACAAGGCUUCAGGGAGACAUGAACUGGUGAGGUACAUAUUGUGGAUAAGACUGUUUCGUGUGCGCAAAGUUACUGGUUUUUUCCAUAGGCUUGAGAAAGACACGAGAGUCAACUAUCUCUUCACAAGAAUCUUGAAGCUCGUUUUCGUCGAAGUCUAUUGUACUCACACUGCUGCUUGCAUCUUCUAUUACUUGGCCACCAGUCUUCCUCCUGAGAAGGAGGGUUACACUUGGAUCGGUAGCCUGAAACUAGGAGACUACAGCUACGAGAACUUCCGACAAAUAGAUCUUUGGAAACGUUACAUCACGUCUCUCUACUUCGCCAUUGUCACUAUGGCCACUGUCGACUGUUCAUCAGAGUUUAUUAAUCAGAUAGUUAUAAGGCUACAUGAAGAGUAUUUUCUUCCGGGAGAAGUAAUUACAGAGCAAGGAAACGUCGUGGAUAAUUUGUAUUUCGUCUGUGAAGGCUUACUUGAAGCUAUUGUUACAAGAACAGAUGGAACGGAAGAGAGUGUGACGUUUCUUGGACCUCACGCUUCUUUUGGAGAUAUCUCCAUCAUGUGCAACAUCUCUCAACCUUUCACAGUUAGGGUUUGUGAUUUAUGCCAUCUUUUACGCCUCGAUAAACAGUCUUUCUCCAACAUCCUCGAGAUUUAUUUCCAAGACGGACGCAAAAUCUUGAACAAUCUUAUGGAGGGUAAGCAAACGAAUGAGAGGGUAAAGAAGUUAGAGUCUGACCUUAUGAUUCACAUUGGGAAGCAAGAAGCAGAGCUUGCAUUGAAAUUAAACAGUGCAGCUUUUCAAGGAGAUAUCUACCAUCUUAAAAGCUUAAUCCGCGCUGGAGCCGAUCCUAACAAACAGAUUACGAUGGAAGAUGACCACUUCAUGGAUCCAAACAGUGAAGAUUAUGAUCACAGAAAGCCGCUCCAUAUCGCUGCUUCUGAAGGCUUAUACCUGAUGGCUAAGAUGCUUGUUGAAGCAGGAGCUAGUGUCAUCGCUAGAGACCGUUGGGGAAACUCUCCGCUUGAUGAAGCUCGAAUGUGCGGAAACAAGAAACUGAUCAAGUUACUAGAAGAUGCCAAAACCGCCAAGUGA